CCCUCCGCGCCCGGCGGCGCCCCUGCGUUCCGCUCCGAGAGCCGCGAUCGCUCGGCCGAGGGGGCCGGGGCGCGGGCGUGUGCGCCGCCGCCGGGGAGCUAGCGCGGAGCCCGCGAUGGAAUAAUGCCCAGCGGCCCGCCAGGUCCCGGUCGUCUUCUGGUGCGUGUGACACCUGAGACAUGAGAUCGUCAGCCUGCAGGCUCUCCAGUUUUUCGAGAGACACACUAUGGAAUCGGAUGCCGGACCAGAUCUCCGUGUCCGAGUUCAUCGCCGAGACCACCGAGGACUACAACUCGCCCACCACGUCCAGCUUCACCACGCGGCUGCACAACUGCAGGAACACCGUGACGCUGCUGGAGGAGGCGCUAGACCAAGAUAGAACAGCUUUGCAGAAGGUGAAGAAGUCUGUGAAAGCAAUCUAUAAUUCUGGUCAAGACCAUGUACAAAAUGAAGAAAACUAUGCCCAAGUUCUGGAUAAGUUCGGGAGUAAUUUUUUAAGUCGAGACAACCCAGAUCUUGGCACCGCUUUCGUCAAAUUUUCUACUCUUACAAAGGAACUGUCCACCCUGCUGAAAAAUCUGCUCCAGGGGCUGAGCCACAAUGUGAUCUUCACCUUGGACUCCCUGCUGAAAGGAGACCUGAAGGGAGUCAAAGGAGAUCUCAAGAAGCCAUUCGACAAAGCUUGGAAAGAUUAUGAGACAAAGUUCACGAAAAUUGAGAAGGAGAAGAGAGAGCAUGCGAAGCAGCACGGGAUGAUCCGCACGGAGAUCACGGGGGCCGAGAUCGCGGAGGAGAUGGAGAAGGAGCGGCGCCUCUUCCAGCUGCAGAUGUGCGAGUAUCUCAUUAAAGUCAACGAGAUCAAGACCAAAAAGGGCGUGGACCUGCUGCAGAAUCUCAUCAAGUAUUACCACGCGCAGUGCAAUUUCUUUCAAGAUGGCUUGAAAACGGCUGACAAAUUGAAACAGUACAUUGAAAAACUGGCUGCUGACUUAUAUAAUAUAAAACAGACCCAGGAUGAAGAAAAGAAACAGCUCACUGCCCUCCGGGACUUAAUAAAAUCCUCUCUUCAGCUCGAUCAGAAAGAAAGAGAGGGGGAGACACAUCGAUGUGGGAGAGAAACAUCAUUCGGUUGCCUUCCAUACGCACCCCGACCGGAGAUCGACCCUGAAACCUGGGACUCCCAGAGCCGCCAGGGGGGAUACAGCAUGCACCAGCUCCAGGGCAACAAGGAGUAUGGCAGCGAGAAGAAGGGGUACCUUCUGAAGAAGAGUGACGGGAUCCGCAAAGUGUGGCAGAGGAGGAAGUGCGCGGUCAAGAACGGCAUGCUGACCAUCUCCCACGCCACAGCUAACAGGCAGCCAGCCAAGCUGAACCUUCUCACCUGCCAGGUGAAGCCGAACGCCGAGGACAAGAAGUCUUUUGACCUGAUUUCACAUAAUAGGACGUAUCACUUUCAGGCAGAAGAUGAGCAGGAUUACGUAGCGUGGAUAUCAGUGCUGACAAACAGCAAAGAGGAGGCCCUGACCAUGGCCUUCCGUGGAGAGCAGAGCGCGGGCGAGAACAGCCUGGAAGACCUGACCAAAGCCAUCAUCGAGGACGUCCAGCGGCUGCCUGGCAACGACGUCUGCUGCGACUGCGGCUCCUCAGAACCCACCUGGCUUUCAACCAACUUGGGUAUUCUGACCUGCAUAGAAUGUUCUGGAAUCCACAGGGAAAUGGGGGUCCAUGUUUCCCGCAUUCAGUCUUUGGAACUAGACAAACUGGGAACUUCUGAACUCUUGUUGGCCAAGACUAUUGGGAACAAUAGUUUCAAUGAUAUUAUGGAAGCAAAUUUACCCAGCCCCUCACCAAAACCUACCCCAAUGAGUGACAUGACGGCACGGAAGGAGUAUAUCACGGCGAAGUAUGUGGAUCAUCGGUUUUCGCGGAAGACCUGUUCAUCUCCGUCAGCUAAACUGAACGAAUUGCUGGAGGCCGUGAGGUCCCGGGACUUACUUGCACUCGUCCAGGUCUACGCGGAAGGCGUGGAGCUCAUGGAGCCGCUGCUGGAGCCCGGGCAGGAGCUUGGGGAGACCGCCCUUCAUCUUGCAGUCCGGACUGCAGACCAGACAUCUCUCCAUUUGGUUGACUUCCUUGUCCAAAACUGUGGGAACCUGGACAAGCAGACGGCCCAGGGGAACACGGCCCUGCACUACUGCAGCCUGUUCGACAAGCCCGAGUGCCUGAAGCUGCUGCUGCGGAGCAAGCCCACCGUGGACGUGGUGAACCAGGCUGGAGAGACUGCCCUCGACAUAGCGAAGAGACUGAAAGCCACCCAGUGCGAAGAUCUGCUCCAGGCCGCAGCGGAACACGGUGCUCAUAACCUGGGGAAGGUUGAGAUAGGAAAGCUUUCCCAGGCUAAGUCCGGAAAGUUCAACCCACACGUCCACGUGGAAUACGAAUGGAACCUGCGACAGGAGGAGAUGGAUGAGAGCGAUGACGACCUGGACGACAAGCCGAGCCCCAUCAAGAAGGAGCGCUCGCCGCGCCCCCAAAGCUUCUGCCACUCCUCCAGCAUCUCCCCACAGGACAAGCUGGUGCAGCCGGGAUUCGGCACCCAGCGGGACAAGCAGCGGCUCUCCUACAGCGCCUUCACCAACCAGAUCUUCACUUCCACGAGCACAGACUCCCCCACGUCACCCACCUCGGAGGCACCUCCAUUGCCUCCUCGAAACGCCGGCAAAGGUCCCACUGGCCCACCUUCAACGCUCCCCCUCGGCAUGCAGACCUCCGGCGGCACCUCCACCCUGUCCAAGAAGCGGCCCCCGCCACCACCACCUGGACACAAGCGAACGCUGUCGGACCCUCCCAGCCCACUACCUCACGGGCCCUCCAACAAAGGCGCAGUCACCUGGGGUAACGAUAUGGGUCCAUCCUCAUCAAGUAAGACCACAAACAAGUUUGAGGGGCUGUCUCAGCAGGCGAGCACCGGUUCCGCGAAGUCUGCCCUUGGCCCGAGAGUUCUGCCUAAACUACCUCAGAAAGUGGCACUCCGGAAGACCGAGACCAGCCACCACCUCUCCCUGGACAAGGCCAGCAUCCCGCCCGAAGGCGUCCAGAAAUCGGCGCCGCUGGCAGACCUACCCCAGAAGCCCCCUGGAGACCUGCCCCCGAAGCCCACCGAGCUGGCGCCCAAGCCCCAAAUCGGAGAUCUGCCACCUAAGCCAGGAGAACUGCCCCCCAAGCCUCAGCUGGGCGACCUGCCCCCCAAGCCCCACCUCUCAGACCUGCCCCCCAAACCACAGAUGAAGGACCUGCCUCCCAAACCGCAGCUGGCGGACCUGCUGGCCAAGGCCCCGCCCUCCGACGUCGCCCCGAAGUCGCACUCGGUGGAUCUCUCCCCGAACGUGCCGGCCCGCGACGCCAUCCAGAAGCAGGCCUCCGAGGACUCCAAUGACCUGACGCUCGAGAUGCCCGUGCCGCUGCCCAGGAAGAUCAACACGGGGAAAAACAAGGUGAGGCGCGUGAAGACCAUCUACGACUGCCAGGCCGACAACGACGACGAGCUGACCUUCAUCGAGGGCGAGGUGAUCAUCGUCACCGGGGAGGAGGACCAGGAGUGGUGGAUCGGCCACAUCGAGGGAGAGCCCGAAAGGAAAGGGGUCUUUCCUGUGUCCUUUGUUCACAUCCUGUCCGACUAGCGAGAAGGAGAACCUGAGACUGUCCACACCCUUCAUGGCUGACACCGUCUCCGCUGCGCCCUGUGCACACGUGUAUAUAGCUGCUGUUACAGAACCUGGCCCGCCCGGGGCGCCCAGGAGGGAGCGUGGUGUGUGUUGUAAAUAAAUGCCCUGUUAUCUUCCGCCUUUGCCAGUAUUAAUGGGAGCCUGGGACCGGCGUCUUCCUGGUUUGCCAAAGCCAUCCUGGCAUCUAGCACCUACAUCUCUCUCUGCCGUUUUCCAAGCAAGCAGGAGCCUAGGAACCGCCGGCUUUGCAAACAGAAGUGGUCUCAGCUGCACCCAAAGGCACAGCGUGGACUGUGCCCAGCGGCGGUGUUAUCCCCGUUACUGAGCGAGCACGGUCGCCGGGCGGCCUGUCUUCUGGGGAGACUCUGAGCUCCGACAGGCCGCCUGCAGUCUGUGUUCACAGUUUACAGCUCCAGCGCCCACCGGGCAUCUAUGACAGCAAGUGCUCGGUUAAACGUGAGUGUGAUCCCUUCAGCAGAACAGUCAGGACCCCAGCCUCGGGGGCACGCACGGCGCCACCCCUCGCGCAGGUCGGCCAGUGGACUCAGACGUCCCGGGAGCAGUGCCCGCCCCAGACGUUACCUCAUUAUGCAAAGAUGACGUAGCCUUCAUGACGAUUCGGACAGAAGCUAAUGCCCUCGGUGACGUUCCUCUUUCAGGCCCGAGGGCUGCCAGGAACUCAGCCUCCUCGCCAUGCAUGCGUUAGACGCCUCCGGAGCCUGCCUUCCGUAAAGGACCGCGGAGCCGGUGGCCUGCACACUUUAACCUGAUUGCCAUUAAAAGCAGAGAUGAUAAGGUUGCGACGAUGUUUGUGUCUAGUCAGCCCCGUGGCUUUCUCUCACGUGUGUGGCUCUCCCCGUCAUGUUAUGAAUUAGCACCCUUCCCGUGUGAAAGCAUCUCGUGCGUCCUUCUACAUUAUGUUCGGAGCUCUGUCCCUGACAUAUUUAAACCCUUCAGGGAUUAGUCAGGAGGAGGACGGGUUAGAAGUCACCCUGCCCUCGGUCUCCCCACCGUCGAACCAGCUGCUGAAACCGACCUUUUCUUCCUCCUGGCUCUUGGUUAAACCCUGAUCGUAGGAAGUCCCCAGCCCCAAGCCCUGUUCGGUAGACACAUCAACUCCAAGUCAGCCCAUCACCGAGGUCCUGGGGCUGCUGUCACCCCACUGUGGGGAAAGCUCUUCCCCCCAUGAGGCCCCUGUUGGUUUCCUUCUCACCCAGUGCGUGGGUCAGACCGGCAGGAACGCUGCGGCUGCGCCGGCCUUUCACGUGAGUCAGGAAUUUGUAAAGAAUACAGCGGGUUCACUCCCCCACCAGUGGGGCUGUGCCCUGACCAGGGCCCGUGUGUUGUUCUGCCAUCGCAUUUGCUUAAACUGCUCUGUUGGCAAAGCGCACAGGAAGCAGCUUUCUUAAGCAGAUCAUCUUGACAGUGAGUGAGGCGUGUUCAUUUCACAAAAGCGCAAUCCCUCCUGAGCCCUUAGGGAAAGCCGUCAUUGACCGUCGCUGCGGUUCCGCGCACAUGGUCGCCAAGAGAGCUUGGGGCCGCCACUGGGUUAGGAAAUGGCGUGGCAGGCCUGCCGCCCCCCUCAGCUGUGACUCCCGCGGCCAGGGACCUGGGGUGUGGCCGGCGGUGUCUGCAGCCUCAGGACGUAGGCCACCCUGGUGUCAGGGCAGGAAGUCACCCUCCCACGUCUCUCAGUAUCCCGGUUCAGUUACACGUUUUCAGUUGCAUUAAAAAACUCAUCUUUGCAGCCCACAGUGUUUUAACUGAUCUCAAAAUAACUGGCUUCUUAAAACACACACACACAGACUAGAUGUCUGAGACGACGUGGAAUCCAUGUCUGCUCUUCUUCCCCUUCCCAGCACCGUGAACGCGUUUUUCACACCCUUUCCCCUUUCGGGUUUGUCUCCGUUUCCCAUCAGGAAUCUGAGCGCUCUCCAGCCCGCUGGCCCUGGGGCGCCUCUGCUGGUCUUAGUUGAGUUGAUAUCUGGUCAUUGUUCUGAAACUCGGUGAGCCACUCUCUGCAGUUUUGUACGUGAGGUAGUGUUUUGAAGGUGUGGAGCCUUACGGGGAAGAAAUAGCUAAUGAGUGCUCUCUUCCCCCCGAGGGGAGCGGUGUGUUCUGCAAAUAGCGUGUCUUAUUUUCCUGUUGAACAGCGAUGCUAUUUAUUUUUUUAUUGCCUAGGACUCCAGCCUGUUGUAUAGCCUCCCGUGGACCACUCGCUAAAUCCCGACUCCCACCUGGACAUUUCCCUUGGACAUCAGUACUCUCGUCCGUUCCCGUGUGUUUAAUGUGACAGUGUUUUUUCAGUACUGUAUGUGUUCAUUUCUACUUUUUUUAAUAUUUAAAAUUGCUUUUAAAUAAACAUAUUCUCAGUUGAUCCCAAA